CCGGGCUCGGGGCCCGCCGCCGCUCUCAGCCCAGCCGCGGGGAAGGUGCCUCAGGCGUCGGCCAUGAAGCGGGGCGACCCGCAUCACCAGCACCAGCGGCAUCGCGACGGCGGCGAGGCCCUGGUCAGCCCCGACGGCACCGUCACCGAGGCGCCGCGCACAGUCAAGAAGAUCCAAUUUGCUGACCAGAAGCAAGAAUUCAACAAACGUCCCACCAAAAUUGGACGUCGUUCUCUGUCUCGUUCCAUUUCUCAGUCAUCUACCGACAGCUAUAGCUCAGCGGCUUCAUAUACAGACAGCUCUGAUGAUGAGACAUCUCCCAGGGACAAGCAGCAAAAGAACUCUAAAGGAAGCAGCGACUUUUGUGUCAAGAACAUCAAACAGGCGGAGUUUGGACGAAGAGAAAUUGAAAUUGCUGAGCAAGAAAUGCCUGCACUGAUGGCCUUAAGGAAGAGAGCUCAAGGAGAAAAGCCCUUGGCCGGAGCCAAAAUUGUGGGUUGCACUCACAUCACUGCACAGACCGCCGUGCUUAUGGAAACUCUGGGUGCCCUGGGGGCGCAGUGCCGAUGGGCUGCCUGCAACAUCUAUUCCACUCUCAAUGAAGUGGCUGCUGCUCUAGCAGAAAGUGGAUUUCCUGUCUUUGCCUGGAAAGGAGAGUCAGAAGAUGACUUUUGGUGGUGCAUUGAUAGAUGUGUGAAUGUGGAGGGCUGGCAGCCCAACAUGAUCUUGGAUGAUGGAGGGGAUCUUACUCACUGGAUUUAUAAGAAGUAUCCCAACAUGUUUAAGAAAAUCAAGGGUAUAGUCGAGGAGAGUGUUACUGGAGUCCACAGGCUGUACCAGCUUUCCAAAGCUGGGAAGCUGUGUGUUCCAGCCAUGAAUGUCAAUGACUCAGUCACCAAGCAGAAAUUCGACAACCUUUACUGUUGCCGUGAAUCAAUUCUGGAUGGACUUAAAAGGACAACAGACAUGAUGUUUGGUGGCAAGCAAGUGGUGGUCUGUGGCUAUGGAGAGGUGGGGAAGGGGUGCUGUGCCGCUCUGAAAGCCAUGGGCUCCAUCGUGUAUGUGACUGAGAUCGACCCCAUCUGUGCCCUGCAAGCUUGUAUGGAUGGAUUUCGAUUGGUGAAAUUAAAUGAGGUCAUCCGACAAGUGGACAUUGUUAUUACCUGUACAGGUAACAAGAACGUAGUUACCAGAGAGCACUUGGACCGUAUGAAGAAUAGUUGCAUUGUCUGUAACAUGGGACAUUCCAACACAGAGAUUGACGUGGCGAGUCUGCGGACACCAGAACUGACCUGGGAGCGGGUGAGAUCCCAAGUUGACCAUGUGAUAUGGCCUGAUGGCAAGAGGAUAGUGCUGCUGGCCGAGAUAGGCAGGUUAUUAAAUAUGNGCUGCUCCACAGUGCCUACAUUUGUGCUGUCAAUUACUGCUACUACGCAGGCUCUGGCCUUGAUAGAACUUUACAAUGCUCCCGAGGGUCGCUACAAGCAGGAUGUCUACCUACUGCCCAAGAAAAUGGACGAGUAUGUGGCGAGCCUGCACCUGCCCACGUUUGACGCCCACCUGACAGAGCUGACGGAUGAACAGGCCAAGUAUCUGGGACUCAACAAGAAUGGGCCCUUCAAGCCUAAUUACUACAGGUAUUAAGUUCCUGUAACACAAGCCAGAAGAAGUUUUAAGGAAUAGAACUCCAAGCCUUUGCUCCACUACUAUACAAGAAAGAACCCAGCAAGCUGCUUCUCCAAUCAGAGCUGCCCGCCGUGCUCUCCCUGCGUGUUAGAUUAUUUAUUUAUUAAAAUCUAGAAUCCUGUGCCUGUAGCAUUGGCCCAGAGUGUGGUUACUGCCUCAAGGGCCAUGAGAACCACAGAGGACAGGCCGAGGAAUGAAAGAAAUGGGGUAACCAUUCCCAGUGCACCAUUCACACCAUUCCCCAUUGGCUCUCAAUCCUCAGCGAUGGCCAUUUUUCUCUUGUCCAGACUCAGGAGUUAGUCUAGGGGUUCCAGGCUCCUUGUUCUCUGAGGUUUUCUGGAAUAACUUUUCAGCAGCUGCAUUUCUCAGUUUUGGCCCUCCCCCAAGUGAGGCCUCUUGGAAGCUGCUGAACAACAUGGCCUGGGUUCUCAGCCUUGGCUACCACUAUCACUGCCUUCUUUAUAAAAAGGCUAGUAAGGAAGGAGUUACAGCUUUUGGCAAGCUACACAAAGAACUCAGCUGUGCCUAUGCUGACAGGGGUCUCCUUCCUUACCCAGGACUUCUUUCUUCUCCUUGGAUAUCUAUGUCCGUUUUAACAUUUUUUGGUUCCUAGAGGGAUGUGCCUCCAUUAUUUCAACAGCUCUGGUGUUCAUCAGCCAUUUGUUUUGCCUUCUCUCUAACCCAACCAACCUCUGCUCAGGAAGUGGAGGCCACUGGGACCUAGUUUUACUUUAUCAUUUAAUUGGAUAUUUUCCCAGGAAGUUCCCUCCAGGUUGACACUAUCUCAGAAAAGGAGGGCUUAUUAUGAAACACUGCUUCUUGAAACUUUGUUAUUGCCUAAAACUACUUGUGAAACAGAGUAGAGAAAGGCAUACUUUUCCUGGCAUUUGGGAGUUUAAGACUUUGGAAAAUGAGAAGGUCUUUCAGGCCUACCGCUUGAUACCCUGAAGAAGCAGAGUAAAUGUAUGUUUCCUGGGAAGGACUUUGCCACUCCACUGACUGAGGGGUACAGGGAUGACGCUGUAAACUGAAUACAGGUGGUCAGCGCUAGUUUGACUAGUCGGAACCUCAUCAGACAUUCAUCCCUUUAGCCGUUGGUUGCCAUCGGGGAAACCUGUAUCUGCAACCUGAUCUUGGUCUUUUGUUCCUGCUGGCAUAUCUUAUGACCUAACCUUUUCCAUUUAAGGAUUGUUUUUUUUUCAGUUUCUUGAGUAACUCCAACAUUACAAAAAUUAGUAAUGUGAGCAGCAUGAAAUUUUAUAUUCCACCCGAGAGCUGGAUUACUUUUGGAGACUGACCUGACUGACCUGCUGGUUUCCAGGGUCCCAAGGGAACAGAUUGGUUGUAAAAGUUAAAGUUUGCUGUAGACCUAAUAAUCUUGAAUUAAGCGAGUCCCUCUUUUUCCUCCCUAUUUAAUACUCUCAUGUUUGUUUGUUUCCCAUUUUUUUCUUUUGCUGUGUGCCUCGAAGUCUCACGCCAACGUGAUUUGAUG